AUGGCCCCAAACACAUCCAGCAAGACAGCCCAGGUUCCUGUCGCCGCGCCCUCAGCCUCGACUGCAGCGCCAGAAGCCCCAGCAACAGGGCCAAAAGCAACUGCCACGCAGGAUCGCAAGGAAGAGCUAGAGCAGAGAUACAUCAGCCUGCUCGAGAAGCGAGUUGAAUACCUGCAAAGCCUGGUUGAUUCGCAAAGUGCCGAAAAGGAACCUCCGGCUCGACCGCAAAGAAAACAGAGUGACAGGCAGGACUUUGUCUCACCGAGAAGCAGCCGCGCGGACAAUUCCACAGAUGGGAAACCCGUACCUGCCAAGUCGGAGGACAAGGCUGAAGAACAACCGGUCCCCGAUCCUUCCGAAGUUUCGAGGUAUGCCUAUGUGAUGAGCAGAUGGGACGGCCGAAGCGGGGGCCGCAGAGACACGGAGAUCGGUCGGUGGAACGAGCUCGAAGGGAAAGCGCCGUCGUCCAAAAGGGCAUUCACGUUCCGGCGAGUGAUGGACCUCACCGACGAGAAGAAGUUCAAGUACUCCGAGGUAGACGUCGAGUCUCGCGAGCUCCGUGGCCUGUUGAGAAAGGUGAUUGGAGACUCGUACCCGGGCCAAAGCUGGGAAGGAAACACCAUCAAUCUGAUAGCUCCCUUUGCGCCGGUGGUCCACUACUGGAAAGAGCUCUCUGAAACCAGUCGACGAAACGACGACAGUGAGAGCCCUCGGGUCCAAGCAGCGAGGAAAGACCUGAACAAUCUCCUCGAGUGCAUAUCGACGUGCACCGAAUUGGAGUCCUACUUCAAGACGCGAGAUUCCAAUCUGGAGUCCCACACCGUCACCUACCAAACCAUCUGGACCCUAUUUCGACCUGGCACCUUGGUCGUGGCGAGACCGUUCAUGAACCUGCCUCAGGUCUUUGAAGUGAAGGCGUCGCCCGAUCCGUGGGAGGACCGGAGACUGACUAUCGAAUGCUGGGGCUACGACUGGAACGGCAAGGAGAUUGUGAGAGUCACCUUCGAGUUCCCCAUUGAGAAAUUCCGGGGCACCAAGGAGAUCAGUUCCCUGUUUUGCUAUCCCUUGGAGUUCUACCGAGACGAAAAGGGCAACUUCGAUGAAUCCCUCCGUGCCGAGCUCGUGCAGAGGGGCAAAUGGUUUCUCGAACUGUGUCAAACAACCGGAGCCAGGCAAAUGUUUGAAUACGACGGGCAAGCCUUUUCCAGCCGAAGGAGCCUCGCCAGAGCCAGUGCGGAUGCUGAGAGCAAAACCCCCUCGCUGUCUAUGAAAGACGAUACAGAUCUGUCACUCGCCGCCGAGUUUCUCAUUCACAAAACUUUCAAGGUCAAGGGACGAUAUAUCGUCGACGCUGCUGCCUAUCUACAGUUUGGCCCCGGCAUUCCAUUGCUUGGAAAGUACGAGCCGACGGAUGUCGAGCCUUUCAGCCAAGCCCACGACGAGCAGGGCGUUGAUAUAGACGAGCACCAGCGUCUGCUGUACCCCCCGCGGGUCCUGGGAUAUGCAACCCAACAGAAGAUGUGGGCUCAGUUCAAAGUGCACAACACGACGCCGGUGCCGACCGAUCUCUCCAACGCCUUCAAGGACAAGCUGGAAUUGGAUGAAAAGGACAAGAAGAUGAUCAAGGCACUGGUGGAAAACCACGAAAGCAGCAAGGACACAAGCCAGGCGCAGGUGAAUGACAUUAUCGAAAGCAAGGGCAAAAACCUGGUUAUACUAUUGCAUGGCCCUCCAGGAGUUGGCAAGACUCUCACGGCAGAGACGAUUGCAGAGGCCACGGGCAAGCCACUUUUGGUCGUCACCGUGGCUGAAAUCGGCCUGGAUGCGUCAAAGGCAGAGAAGAGCCUGGAGCAGAUCUUCUAUCUUGCCGGGGUGUGGGAGGCAAUUCUCUUGAUCGACGAGGCCGACGUCUUUCUGGAAUCUCGGUUCGUCAUGGGUGAUCCGAACAGGAACGCCUUGGUCUCAGUCCUGCUCCGCGUGCUCGAGUACUUCGAGGGGGUCAUGAUCCUGACGACGAACCGGAUCACGUCGCUCGACAUCGCGGUGCAGUCGCGCAUCCACCUGGCGAUCCGGUACAACGACCUGUCCAAGGACCAGAAGAUCAAGAUCUUCAACAUCUUCCUCAGCCAGCUCGUCACCGAGGGCAAGGUCGACGGCGAGGGCAUCGGCGAGUGGAUCCGCUGGGUCGGCAGCGAGGCCGAGGUCAACGGCCGCCAGAUCCGCAACAUCGUCUCCUCGGCGUACCUGCUGGCGCGCAGCCAGCACCGCAACCUGCGCCGCGAGGACCUGCAGGACGUCAACGGCAUCAUGAAGAAGUUCCAGAAGCAGCUCGAGACCCUGACCGCCGCGGCGCGGAAGCAGAACGAGGGCCAGUUGAAUUCCUUGGGCGGGUAUGGAUAAGUUGCCGACGUCGACGUAGUUUGCAAUA